AUCUGUUUUGAGGCUGCAGGUGAAAUUAUCCGGUUCGUCUUGAGAGUUGUUGCGACUAAAGCACUGGCGUCUUCAAGUAACUAGAAUGGAACGGUCGAAUUAGACUCCGGGAAGUGAUCUUCAACAGCGGCCUCUACAGGAAUGGAGAACGGAGGUUCAAUGAAGUUGCUAGACUACGGGGAGGCAUCAUGGGAGAAUGCCGAGAAGAACCGGUACAUCUUGUGCCGUUUCAUCAACCCCAACAAGCUGACCUCAUAUCUGCGCCAAUGCAAGGUCAUCGACGAACAAGACGAAGACGAGGUGCUCAACUCUCGCCUGCUGGAGUCCAAAGUCAGCCGUGCAGGUCGGUUGUUGGAUAUACUGCACACGAAGGGAGAGCGAGGCUAUGUGGUUUUUCUAGAGAGUCUAGAGUUGUACUACCCAGACCUCUACAAACUCGUUACUGGGAAGGAGCCUACACGCAGAUGUUCCACUAUAGUCGUGGAGGAGGGCCAGGAAGGCCUAAUCCAGUUUUUAAUGAAUGAAGUCAUAAAGCUUCAGCAGCAGUCCAGGGCUAAAGAAGUGCAGCGGGUGGACAUCAUGACCAAAUGCCGCACGCUAGAAGAUGAGCACAAGAAGCUACGACUGGCCAACCAGGAGCUGCACACCUUCCAGGAACGCUACAAUAAAAUGAAAGAAGAGCGUAAUAACUAUAGCGAUGAACUUAUUAAGGUGAAGGAUGACAACUAUCAGCUGGCUAUGCGUUUUGCCCAGCUCAGCGAGGAGAAGAAUAUGGCUGUGAUGAGGAGCCGAGACCUUCAGCUAGAGAUUGACCAACUAAAGCACAAGUUGAACAAGGUGGAGGAGGAGUGCAAAAUGGAGAGGAGGCAGUCUCUGAAAUUGAAGAAUGACAUUGAGAACCGACCUCGGAAAGAGCAGAUAUUUGAGCUGGAGAGAGAGAAUGAGGUCUUGAAGAUCAAACUCCAGGAGUUGCAGUCCAUCAUACAGCCCGGGCCUCUACCAGAUUCAGACAAGGCCAUCUUGGAUAUCCUGGAGCAUGACCGACAGGAGGCUCUAGAGGAUCGUCAGGAGCUAGUCAACAGACUCUAUAACCUGCAUGAAGAGGUCCGACAGGCUGAGGAGCUCCGGGACAAGUAUCUGGAAGAGAAGGAGGACCUUGAAUUGAAGUGCUCCACUCUGGUGAAGGACUGCGAAAUGUACAAGAACCGCAUGAAUACGGUCAUGGUGCAGCUGGAAGAGCUGGAACGUGAGCGGGACCAGGCUUUCAAGUCAAGAGAUGAUGCACAACACCUCGUGUCUCAAUGUCUGAUUGACAAAGACAAGUACCGCAAGCAAAUCCGGGAGCUGGAAGAGAAGAGCGAUGAGCUUCAAAUAGAAAUCGUACGCAAAGAAGCCAAGAUAGUCAACCUAGAGUGCAAACUGAGACGGAUGGCCAAAGAAAAUGGUUUGGAUCAGAGUCUGCCACGGGACAUUACUCCACUAAUUAUAGCUCAGCACUUCGGGCAACCUGAUGGAAAUACAGGAGGACCUUCAGAGGACUCUGGAGAAGACACUGUUGAUGAUCAAGAGCCUAAGCUUCAACGCAGAUGUAACCUUAAGGGCAGAAUCAAUCGACCAAAAUCUCCAGCUGCUGGACCCAAAAGUCCUCUAUUCCAAGCCAUGCCUUUCAGCAAUGGAGAUCUCUUAGAACCUGCUGCCACUGACAACACAGGUCUACACAGUGCUAGUGCAGUGAUUUCUCCUGCAGACAUCUGCUGUAAAAAUCUGCGGUGCCGUAAUGACAGUAUCAUGUCCACCGUGCCGGAGCCUCCAGACCAGAACUCCAUUGUCAGGAGAAUCAAGGAGAACUCAAACUCUCAAUACAAAUUUAUUCUCCCUUCAGAAUCUGUAGAUACUGACAGUGGAGACAAUGCUGAUAUGGAUGACCAUGACUUAGACAUGUCCUCCUACGGGCCUUCAUCCAUCCAUUCAUCUUCAUCUUCCCACCAGUCUGAGUCAAUGGACUCGUAUGAUCUGGAGCAAGUCAACAACAUUUUCAGGAAAUUCUCUUUGGAGAGACCGUUUCGUCCUUCACUGACCUCAGGCCCUCCGCAAAACCCAAUGCGGCCAGUUCAGAGCCUUUUACUCUCUGGAGAAAACCUUCUGUCGGACGUCACUCUGAUUGGUGGAAAUGAUAGUGGCAUCUUUGUGUCCUCUGUCCAGUCUGGUUCUGAUACAGAACGGGCCGGAGUUAAAGUUGGACAUCAUCUUCUACUGUUGGAAGGCAGUGUUCGUGGAGAAGCUCAGAGUGUGGCUUUGGACACCUGCACCAAAGAGGAAGCUCACUGGACCCUGCAGAGAUGCACCGGACAAGUGCAUCUCCAUUACAAGUCCAACUAUGAUGGCUACAGGCGGCUGCUGAAGGACAUUGAAGAUGGCACAGUGGUAUCCGGAGACUCUUUCUACAUCCGUCUCAAUCUGAACAUCUCCAGCCAGUUGGACAGCUGCUCACUGAACGUACGAUGUGACGAGGUUCUCCAUGUUAUGGACACCAUGCACCAGGGCAAAUGCGAGUGGCUGUGUGCCCGAGUGGACCCUUUCACCAACAAGGACACGGAGAGAGGCACCAUACCGAGCUACUCCAGAGCCCAGCAGCUCCUCUUGGUGAAGAUUCAGAAGCUGAUGUGUCGAGGAGGUCGAGAGGAAGUCGACACACUGCAGAGACUCCGGAACACUUUACAACCCGACGAGCCCACACCAUCUCAAGACCCCAAGUCUAGUCCACGUCUGUCCAGAGCCAGUGUCUUCAUCUUUCAGUUAUUACAGUUUGUCAGCAGGGUGGAUAACAAGUACAAGAGGAUGAACAGCAAUGAGCGUGUCCGCAUUGUCAAUGGAGGAAACCCAUCAACAGUUUCCAGACCAGGUUUUGAAACACUAAGGCCUGAGGAGGCGUCUGACCCAGAGAGCGACUUAAACAAGAGCUUGAAUCUGAUCCCAUACAGUCUAGUGACCCCACAGCAAUGUCAGCGCAAAAGACCCGUCCUCUUCACCCCCAACAUCCUCGCCAAGACCAUCGUCCAGAAGUUCCUUAAUCUUGGAGGUGCUAUGGAGUUUAAUAUAUGCAAACCAGACAUUGUGACAAAAGACGAAUUCCUCAUGAAACAGAAGAUAGAGCCCAUCAUUUAUUCCAAAGAAAAGCAGGCCUGCACAUAUGAAUGCAUCACCCCAGAAAACAUCGAAGCGGUUGCCUUCAAGAAUAAGCACUGUCUUUUGGAAGCUGAUCUGAGCUGUGUGAAAGACUUGUUGAGGAGGGAGAUCUAUCCCAUCGUGAUCUUCAUCAAAAUCUGUGAAAGGAACAUCAAAAAACUGAGAAGACUCCCUCUGAAGGUGGACUCUGAGGAGGAGUUCUUGAAGAUGUGUCGCUCCAAGGAGAAGGAGCUGGAGACGCUGCCGUGCUUGUACACUGGUGUGGAGCCUGACUGUUGGGGAGGGGUGGAGGAUCUCGUCAAGGUCAUCAAGGACAAGAUUUUUGAGGAGCAGAAGAAGACCGUCUGGGUGGAGCAGGACCUGCUGUGACCCGAUCACGGGAGCAACGUCUUAUGGUGCACCAAAACUCUGUUUCCAGCUAGGGUGGAAUGUAUGCAUGCAGCACAAGCGUGUGAACAGGAAGUGACUCCGUCUAAGGCGUCAAAGGUGAGGUGUGUUUCUCUCUGCUGUCAAAAAAAAUGAAAUGCAAACACGUGAAAGGGGGAAUGUUACCAUAUGAAGCUCCUGAGGUUCACUUGGUAAGCAGUGGAAAUGUUCUCAUGCCCGUGCUUCUUAUCUAUUGUCAAUAAAAUAUUAUCCUUCCCAGCAUCCACCUGUAAUAUUUAAUAUAGCGCUGACCACUGAAUUUUGCUUCAGUUGUGUUCUGGUUGAUUUGUGCAUAACUGUAAAUGGAAUCUGAUUCCAACAUUAAUGCAGUAUACAGUAUGUAUGUUUAUCUUUUAUAAGCAAAUUACAUGAAUUAAUAUUUGUGACGUCUAUAUU